AUGAGCUGGGGCUACCUGACGCAGCUGCUGGAGGAGGUUCACCGACACUCCACAUUCCUGAGCAAGCUGUGGAUCACCACCUUCCUCAUCUUCCGCAUCGUUCUCACGACGGUGGCCGGCGAGUCGAUCUACUACGACGAGCAAGGCCGCUUCACGUGCAACACGGCGCAGCCCGGCUGCGAGAACGUUUGCUACGACAGCUUCGCGCCACUAUCGCACGUCCGCUUCUGGGUGUUCCAGAUCAUCGCCGUCGCCACGCCCACCAUCCUGUACCUCGGCUUCGCUGUUCAUCGCAUCACCAGGAUCGAGCUCAAGCGAGACCAACGGAACAAGCGGGCCAAGCGAGUCGACCGCGCGGUUGAAUGCACGGAGGAGGUGGAGGUGGAGGAGGAGGAGGAGGAGGUGGAGGAGGAGGAGGUGGAUGUGGAGGAGGAGGAGGAGGAGGUGGAGGAGAAGGGUGAAGAAGAGGGCAAGCGGGAGCCUUGGCAACACAACGAGCGUUGGAGGAUCAAGUCUGACGGGCUGAUGGCGGCCUACACCCUCCAGCUGCUGGCGCGUACGCUGGCCGAGAUGGGCUUCCUGGCAGGCCAGUACCUGCUCUACGGCUUUGAGGUGGCCCCACGCUUCGAGUGCGUCCGCCACCCCUGCCCACACCGCGUGGAUUGCUUCGUGUCUCGCCCCACGGAGAAGACCAUCUUCCUCCUGCUCAUGUACGCCAUCGCCGCCCUCAGCCUCCUGCUGGAGUUGUCCGAGAUCUGCUACCUGGGGCUGGGCGCCUUCCACGACUUGCUGAGCGGGAGCAGGUCCGCGGAGGGCAAGCAGGCGGCCCGCACGACGCUGGAGGCUUCCCGGGUGAAGGUGGCCCAGGGCAGCCGGCGCGUGUCGCCGGUGCCCCCCCUCCCCGCCCCCCCCCGGGGUACCACUCGCUGGUGGGCGCCGCCCCGGACGGGAACGGCGCCGGGGUGGCGGCUCCGGGCGAGCCGGCGCCCCCGGCAGCCCCGGCACCAGCACCAGCAGCAGUAG